AUGGGCAGAGGAGGAAAGAAAAAGAAAAAGGUCGACUCAUCCCCAUCCUCCUCAUCUAAUACUAGUACUGUAGAGGUAGAUAGUACCUCUUCUUCUUCUUCCUUUACAAGACCACAACCCAUCAAAAAGAACAAGAAUUACAGUAGCACAAACAAAAAUGUACAUAUUAGAAGAUACACCGAGGUAUCCAUACCAUCAACACCUAUAGUAUCUUCCCCCUCUUCUUCUUCAAAACCAAUAAUAACAACAGAAACAGCAUCACAAUCAGUUAAACUAGAAGUAUUAAAGAAAAAGGAAGAGGUUUUAACUAAAAGUAGUUUCAUUCAUAAUAAUAACAACAACAACAAUAAUAUCGAUAAUAAUAAUAAUAAUAGUAGUUUCAACAACAAUAAUAUCUAUAAUAAUAAUAAUAGUAUUAUUAAUAAUAGUAAUUCUAAAGGUUACAAUAAUAAUAUCAAUUAUAAUAAUUUUACUAGUAUUUGUCAUAAUAAUAGAAAGAAUACUAAUAAUAAUAAUAAUAAUAAUAAUAAUAAUAAUAAUAAUAAUAAUAAUAAUAAUAAUAAUGGGCCGAUCAAAAAGAGAAAACAUGUUGGACUAAAAAAGAGAGAUCUCGAGUUGGAAGAGACAGACCUUUUGCAACAACUUGAAGAUGAUGAAAGAAACAAAAAGGAGGCUUUAUCGUCUGCCACCUCUUCAAAUGAACUACCACCAAUCAUUACUGAAUUCAACAAUAGAAACAACAAGAACAACCAAAAGAACAAAAACAAUGAAAAGAAUGUUAGAAAUGUGAUAGAGUCAACAAAGAAGCAACAACAUAUUAUAAAGUUGAAACAAUUACAACCACAUUUCUAUGCAAGCAACAAGAGAGAACAUGAUGCAGUGUCAAGUGUCGAUCAUAUGGUCAACCAAUACAUACCAAUCUCUGAAAGGAUUCCAUCAGAUUUUACACCACUUGUUGGAUCAAAGACUGUCAAGACCAAAGAAUCGAUUCGUAAUAUUGGUUAUAAUGAUGGAUUACUCAAAUCAACUGGUAAUCAAGAUAUGUCAGUUUGUUCCAACAUGCAAUAUCCAUCUUAUUUUCCAGUGGUUGGACCAAAUCAUACGGUCGGUUCUGAAGGUACACUUGCCAAUUUCCAACAAUUAUCUUGUUCAUCUGCCAAUUCACCUAAACUCAUCUUUUCACCAUCCAACCUAUCAAAAGACAACAACAACAACAACAACAAAAGAGAUAAAAAGAUAAGAGUUGAUAAACUACAAUUUGUAUCUAUUAAUAGUAGGUUAUCGGAAUUUUGGUUUGAACCACCAGCCAUCAACUAUCAAACACAAUUAUUUCACACCAACAAUAUUGAGAGUAGCGAGUUUGUACCAGCAUCACUACUCAACCAGGUUAUAGACUCGGAGAAAUCGUCGCAAGCUAUCCUUGACGCUCAGGAAUAUGCAAACUCAUAUCUUUACGGAAGAUGCGUGAUACUCGUUGACGACCGUCUCUACCUAUUUGUCACUGGUGAGAAUAUGAAUGUCAUCUGUCUCUACUCGAUCACUUCAGAUCCAAACACCAAACCUUUUCCAUGUACAUUUGAUUAUACCCAAUUAGACUCUAAUCAUUUUUUUAAACAACCUCAAACUAUUUAUUCAAUUAAUUAUCAUAAAUUCACAGAAAGUAAAACAAAUAAUACAGCUGAAAAUUACGAUUAUACUUAUCAAUUGGAAUUUAUAAGUAAAUCGACAUUUGAACAAAAGAUAUGUGAUGUCGUAUUGGAUACGACUAGCAUCAAAGAUUCGUAUAUUGUAUUUCAAGAUGGAUCAAUCUAUCGAUACAUGUAUCAACCUUUGCAAGGAAUUCAGUUGCAAUACACCAAGAUUUUGGAUUCCGAACCUUUAUACCCACAAGUCUCUGCUAGUAGAUGGAAGAGACUGUUGUUUUAUUGGCAAACGAAAAAGUUGUAUUUAUCAAGCUCAGCGUCGAUCAUUAUGAUCGAUCUCCAGGAUGGAAAGGUCGGAAAUAGCAUUCCCAUCUUUUCAAAAGAUUCGUUUGGUGCCAUCACUGGUUUCCAUUCACCGUUGGAUCCUUCAAAUCCAUUCUCUUUUAUCAUCACAACCAUUUCAAAUACUCUUUUGGUUGAUAGUAGAUCAUUUGAUAAACCUCUUAUCGUUUGGUCAAAUAUUCAUCAAAAAUCUAAAAAAUUAGAUGACCAAGAAAUAGUUAAAGAAGAAGAAGAAGAAGAAGAGAAAAUACAAGAGGAAGAAGAGGAUGAAUUAUUAAUAGAUUAUGGACACCCAACAGACAUUUUAUUUAAAAAUAUGAAAAGUACAAAUAUUGAAAUGGUGAAUAUUAAAUUAUUAAUCAUUAGUCAAAGUGUCAGUGGAAUGGUUUUAAUAUUACAAUAUUCAUCGAUCCUCUCGAGUACCUCACCAUUCCCAAAGGAUACGUUAUUUGCAUCGCCGGCUAGUUUGAUACCAACCUAUCCAUUCCCUUCACACCCUCGACUAGACAACCCACACCAAAUCGAGAGAAAGAGUAGAGACAAUAACAGAAUCUUUUCGUUUAUUCUCAACAAUCGAUCGAGUAAUUCCCACCAACCGGUUGCGACCAACACCCCUUUCCACGCAGUCCCGUGUUUUGGCAUGUCGAUGAAACACAUACACUUUAUUCCAACCAAUCCAAGACAGACUGAACAGUUGGUUGGCGUGUGCUUUGUCCAAUGCUCACCAUCUACCUUUUUAAUCACUCAGAUGAAUCGUCUCGGUGACAUUGUAUCAAACUCUUAUAAUGUAAAGUUUAUUCCUUCGUUGGUUCAACAAAGAAAGCAACAAGCAGAGCCGGCGGUGGCUGUGGAUACUGGAUCAAUGCUAGUCAACAAAAAUAGAUUAUAUCAAUCGAAAUGGAUAAAGAGUGGUGAGGAGGUGUAUUUAAUGCAACGUAUGGUAGAGAAGAGAAACUUGCUAAACUACUACUCGACCAACCCCAAGUCAACCUAUCAAAUGGUGUAUAUGCCCAUCAACACAUUCUCACAGGUCAAUAUGAAUUUAGAUAAACUUCAACAAGACAUUAAAAACUCUUCUGAAAAGGAUGUCGACCCUAUUCAUCUUGCUAUCUACAUGUUGCUCGAAGAUAGGGGUCCCAAGUCACUCGCACAAAUCAUUCAAAUUCUCAAAGGCACGUUUGACGAGCGCAAGAUAGUUGGACAUUUGCGUGAUGCGUCUGGUGACGCGUUGCUGCAGCUGUCGGCGACACAGCAGCCAACCACAGGUAUAUUCAAGAUCACCAUCAAGCCGCGCAUGAAUCUCUUUCAUUUGGGCAGCUGUGUUAGUGUCACUCAGCAGAGUGACUCUACCUACCUCGACACUUUGCUCGAAUACAACUCGACCAUCUUUUACUCGCACUCUUUUUUCACACUCAAGAUUGAAAACAAUCCAGAGAAACUCACCAAUGUCUCGUUCCACGCCAACGACAGACGUGUGCUUGUCAAAGAGGCUGUAGAGACCAAAGUCAACGCGGCACUCGAGCAAAGAAGAAAACGCAAGCUCGACGAAGAACGAGAUCGCCAAGAGACACUGGAAAAGGAGAGAAGCAUGUCAUUUAUCGAAAAACAUGAACGAAAGAUGGAGGAGCGUAAAAAGGUGGCCGAGAUGCGAAAAAGCUUUGGGUUUAGUGGUUUGAUUAAAUUAAGAAGGGCUACCAAAGCGAGAAGAAGAAAGAAAUACAAGAUUGUCAAACGUGACCCAUUUGACCCGGAAAAAUGGCGUGGUGAAUGGCUCAGAGGUUGGCAAGAGAUUGACCCGACUGCCAAACAACCUAGUUUCUACUCUCCAGGUAUUCCAAUUCGUAAACCAACAGUAACUCAACAAGAUGUAGCAAAGAAAAGAUUGGACAAAAUUAAGAGAAUUGAAAAUACAAUCAAAGACAAGUCAAGAAAGAAACAACCAAAAGAAAAAGAAAAAGAAAAAGAAAACGAAAAGGAGAAAGAAAAGAAACAGGUUGUUGUUGUUGCUCCAACUCCAAUGGUUACGGAAACAAAACCAAUUCCAUUAUCAACACGUCGACACAAUUCACUUGGACAAUUUAAAGUUGGAUCGAACACUAAUCAAAAGGCAGCACCAACACCAACAGUGGAAGAAGAGAAUAAUGAUGACGAUAGUGACACUGAUGUUGAGGAAGAAGAAGAAGAAGAGGAAGAAGAGGAGGAAGUUGCAUCAUCAACGAUAACUACACCAACAUCAACGACAGUCUCAGUUACCGAAUCACCCAAAGAAACAUUAAAUAAUCAUCAAGAUGAUGAUGAUGUAGUAAUGGAGGAUGAUGAUGAUGAAGAUGCAAUUGAAACAAGUGAUAAUGAAAAACAACAAAAACAAAUUCAAGAGGAAACAAAGAAGAGAGUCCUUUUGGAGAAAGAGACCAAAAAGAAAGAAAAAGAGAUUAAAAAAUUGGAAAAGAAGGAAAGAAAGGAAAAAGAAAAGGAAGAAAAGAAAAGAUCAAAACAACAAGAAAAAGAAAAGGUGGCUAGAAAAGAACAAGAGAGCAGAGAUAUUGAAUAUGACAGUUAUCCAGAAUUCUUGUCACAACCUCUUGAUUACUCUAAUGAGACUAUAACCGAGACCACUACCACCUCUUUCAACCAAAAUCCAUUUGCUCUUGUCAGCAGUGAUAUCGAUUAUAGUGCACCUCCACCAUCCCAGAAGACUGAAUCUCAACAACCAAUGUCUAUGGGGUCACAAGAUUUUGCUUCUUACCAACAACUAGAAGGAGACGGUCAAACAGGAUCUCCAGCAGAGACUACAUCAUCACAACCAAUGGCACCUGCUGCUCAAAAUUACAAUUUCUCAAGUUCAUUCAAAUCCUUUUUCUCUUCAAUGUGGAAAUAA